AGCAAUUCAGAGUAUAGUCUGCUUGAAACGAAGAAGAAGACAUUUUAGCUAAAUUUGGUGUUGGGAGUAGGAUCCAGUGACUGGUUUUCCAUUAAAUGCUCCAAGACAGCAGGUGGCGCUAUAGUAAUGCAAUCUGUUUUUCACCGAUCGCGUUAUGUAAGGAGCACACCGUCCAUCGUUGUUUACAUAUGUUAUAGAUUAGAUCUGCUAGGCCAAAGUAGACAGAAGUUUCAACAUUUAUUUGAUCGCCAAUAUGUCCAAACUACAGUUGCUGAAUGUGUUCGUCGCCGAGCGUUUAUCCGCGGCUGCUGUGGAGAUAUUCGGGGCCGUAGAGAAGACCAUUGCAGAGUUUCAGGAACUAAUCUUAUGUUCAGCAGAGGAGAACGAGCGUCUACGGAGGCUGUUGGCCAUGGUUAUCAAACCAGAGAUAAAGUUACACAGAGUUGACUUCCAGCUACUCACUCUAGUCGUUCCCCCUGAGCAGCAGAACUGUGAUCAGGAGUGGAGCCCCAGUCUGGGGCAGGAUGACCCAGAACCCACACAGAUUAAAGAGGAACAACAGGAGCUCAGACUCAGUCAGGAGGACCCACCUCAGCCCUCACAUCAUUACCAAAACCAAACUGUGGAUGAUGGAGAGAUGAGCGCUCUACCUAUCAUCAUAACUGAGGAGAUCAAAACAGAUCCUGAUGUAGAGGACUACAGAGUACCACAACCAACCAGUGAUCAGCCCCACUCAGUUCAUCCAGACUGCUCUGCUGCAGUGGAGAAACUAUAUCAGUGUAAACAAUGUGGCAACAGCUUCACACGUAAGGGACACUUGACCAUCCAUUCAAGGAUACACACUGGGGAGAAACCUUAUCAGUGCAAACAAUGUGGUAGAUGUUUCAAUGUUAUGAGUAACCUGAAACAGCAUAUGAGAAUACACACAGGACAGAAAUCUAAUCAGUGCAAAGACUGUGGCAAAUGUUUCAGUCGGAAGUGUGACUUGGACAGACACACAAGGAUACACACAGGGGAGAAAUCUUUUCAGUGUGAAGACUGUGGCAAAGCUUUCAACCAGAAGAUAGAAUUGACAUUGCAUAUGAAAGUUCAUAGAGGACAGAGAACAUACAGCUGUCCUGUAUGCAGGAAAAGUUACAUGGCAUUAAGCCAUUUAAGACGUCAUCAGAGCAUUCACACAGGGGAGAAACUUCAUCAGUGCAAAGAAUGUGACAAAUGCUUUAGUUAUAAAGGAAGCUUGAAGUUGCAUAUGAGCACUCACACAAAUGAGAUACAUAAUAUCACUGCAAUAAGUGCAGCAAAAGCAUCAGCCUGAAGUGAAUCUGAAGUGAAAACAACAAAUUAUACUUUAUCAUUGUGGAUUUCUUGUUACAUCCAACUUUAAAUUAAUGUUCUAUUUUCUGGCCCUAGACAAAAAACGAAUUGAGUUGUGUGUGUGGAGGGGGAAGCAUCACUCAGUGUCAGCUUUUUAAGAUGAAUCUAGCUCUCACUUUCAGGGACCUACCCUCCAGGACACUGCUGGCUUCAGGAAGUCCUCACCACUGUAUCUAGCACAUAGCACACACUUGGAUUUGUAAACAACAGGAGUUCUUAUUCAAUUGUUUAACAAUGACAUACAGAAUAUCUUCUAUCUGUACUGAUGGCUGCAUGUUAGAAUAUUGAAGUAGCCCAUCACAUCUGUAUUGACUCAAUACAAAAUAAACUUUGUUUUAAUAAAGCUGUUUUUUUC